UACCGUACGUCGGCGUUGCUGCUACUGUAAUUGGAGGCGAUCCGUUUUUCCGUUGGAGGGUUCCGAGGUUUUUUCUUCAAGUCCAAGUGAGCAGAAGAUGUCUGGAGUCGCGAACGAGGAGGACAAGAAGCCCACCGAUCAGGGGGCGCAUAUCAACCUUAAGGUCAAGGGACAGGAUGGGAAUGAAGUUUUCUUCAGGAUUAAGAGGAGCACUCAACUGAAAAAACUCAUGAAUGCUUACUGUGACCGACAAUCAGUGGAUUUUAAUUCCAUUGCCUUUCUCUUUGAUGGUCGUCGCCUUCGAGCAGAGCAGACUCCAGAUGAGCUGGAAAUGGAGGACGGAGAUGAAAUAGAUGCCAUGCUUCAUCAAACAGGAGGUUCUGUUGCCUAAUGGAAGUGGAGAUCUUUCCUCUGGCCUUGUUAUAAAUCUAGACUUACUUUAACUUGUUAUUGAUGCCUAAGAUGUAUCUUCCAUCAAGCUACUGCUAUGAUACUGCUCUUGCCGCUUGAGUUUGUAGGGUAUAUGUUUUCGUUGUCAAUAUAAAUUACUGAGUGGUUUCUACUAUCAUACUGAUGAAGUCUGAUAACUUAUUGGAUGCAUAAUUUACUGUCGUUUGUGCCUCAGCGAGCAAUGUAUGAGAUGCUUGUUUAUUGAUGGUUGGGGAUUUAAGCUUGCCUUCUUGUUGAUGUGAUGAAGGAUUAUCAUCUAUGCUUGAUCUUACGUUGGAUAUGUUA